GGCCAGGCCUGCACUGGGCCAGGCAAGAUGGCGGCCGUGGAGACCGAGUCGGCGCCCCUGACCCUAGAAUCGCUGCCCACCGAUCCCCUGCUCCUUAUCUUAUCCUUCUUGGACUACCGGGACCUAAUCAAUUGUUGCUAUGUCAGUCGAAGACUUAGCCAGCUAUCAAGUCACGAUCCGCUGUGGAGAAGACAUUGCAAAAAAUACUGGCUGAUAUCUGAGGAAGAGAAAACACAGAAGAACCAGUGUUGGAAAUCCCUCUUCAUUGAUACUUACUCUGAUGUAGGAAGAUAUAUUGACCAUUAUGCUGCUAUUAAAAAGGCCUGGGAUGAUCUCAAGAAAUAUUUGGAACCCAGAUGUCCUCGUAUGGUUUUAUCUCUGAAAGAGGGGGCUCGAGAGGAAGACCUAGAUGCUGUGGAAGCUCAGAUUGGCUGCAAGCUUCCUGAUGAUUAUCGAUGUUCAUAUCGUAUCCACAAUGGGCAGAAGUUAGUGGUUCCUGGGUUGUUGGGAAGCAUGGCACUGUCUAAUCACUAUCGUUCUGAGGAUUUGCUAGACGUCGACACGGCUGCUGGAGGCUUCCAGCAGAGACAGGGACUGAAAUACUGUCUACCUUUAACUUUUUGCAUACAUACUGGUUUGAGUCAGUACAUAGCAGUGGAAGCUGCGGAGGGCCGAAACAAAAAUGAAGUCUUCUACCAAUGUCCAGACCAAAUGGCUCGGAAUCCAGCUGCUAUUGACAUGUUUAUCAUAGGUGCUACUUUUACUGACUGGUUUACUUCUUAUGUCAACAAUGUUGUAUCAGGUGGCUUCCCUAUCAUCAGAGACCAAAUUUUCAGAUAUGUUCAUGAUGCAGAGUGUGUAGCAACGACUGGGGAUAUUACAGUUUCAGUUUCCACAUCGUUUCUGCCAGAACUUAGCUCUGUACAUCCACCCCACUAUUUCUUCACAUACCGAAUCAGGAUUGAAAUGUCAAAAGAUGCACUUCCUGAGAAGGCAUGUCAGUUAGACAGUCGCUACUGGAGAAUAACAAAUGCUAAAGGUGACGUGGAAGAAGUUCAAGGACCUGGAGUAGUUGGUGAAUUUCCAAUCAUCAGCCCAGGCCGGGUAUAUGAAUACACAAGUUGUACCACAUUCUCUACAACAUCAGGCUAUAUGGAAGGAUAUUAUACCUUCCAUUUCCUUUACUUUAAAGACAAGAUCUUUAAUGUUGCCAUUCCCCGAUUCCAUAUGGCAUGUCCGACAUUCAGGGUGUCUAUAGCUCGAUUGAUAUUUAUUGAGUACCUACUAGGUGCUGGGGAAAAUGCAGUGAACGAUAUAAUCAAAAUCUCUGCCUUCAGGGAUGUGAUGUACAGCAUGGCGACUAUGGUUAAUAACACUGUACUGCAUAUUUGGAAGUUGCUAAGAGAGUAGAUCUUAGAAGUUCUCAUCACAAGAAAAAAGCCCUGUAACUAUGUAAGGUGAUGGAUGUUAACUAGACUUAUUGUGGGGAUCAUUUUGUAAUGUAUACAAAUAUUGAAUCAUUAUGUUGUACAUCUGAAACCAAUAUAAUGUUGUAUGUCAAUUAUGCCUCAAUAAAAAUAAAAAAAGAAGAAAGUUGAGGAGAUUAAAAAAAAUCUCUGGCUUGCAAUUUACAUUCUAGUUGGAAGAGACAAAGUGUAGCAAAUACACACUCCUCACUUAUGUCAAGUAGUAAUACGUGCUCUGGGAGAAAAAUCAGUAAGGGAGCUAAGGAGUAUACUGUUGGGUUGUUCUGAUAUAAAGAUGUGUCAGGGAAGGCCUUGGUGACAUUUGAGUUCAGACUUGAAAGAAGUAGAGGGAGCUGGGUGGAUGUGUGGUUGAAGGGUGUUCCAAGCAGAAGAACAGCAAGUGCAGAGGUGCUGAAGCACUCAUGUGCUUGGUACGUCUGAAGAACUGCACGGAGGCCACUGUAGCUGGAGGGCCGUGAACAGGGGAGAGUGGUUAGAGACUCGAUCACGGGGUAGUGGGAUGCUGCAUAUGCAAUGCCAUAAAAGCCUUGGUGGAAGGACUUUUGCUGCCAUCACAUCCCAAGUUUCCCAAUACUUGCCACAUUACCAGCUAGGUCCUCCUUGCCGUUCAGAGUUCUGUCCAAUACAGGAGGUCCUCUCACUGAGUCUUCAAAUGUGUGAGAGAGAAAACCAACAGCAGAAUGGGUCAAGACUCAAUUAGAGACACUGCUUAAAAGGAACUGAAGUUCCCAAGAGAUGUUCAGAUAUUGGAUGUUCAACAUCACUACUGCCUUAUUCUGAGAGCCUUCAACAAAUUAAUUUAAAAGCAGAGGCUACUGAUGCUGAUUGUCUUUAUACUAGGAGCUCAAUAGAAAUCUCAGACCUCCUGUUGACAGUACAUAAAACUUACCAGUAGAGGUCAUACCUUAGCAAUAUUUUCAGAUCCUCUUUUCUGUAAGCAUGUAGGUUAAUAAAGAAUUGUUAUUCAGUACACUAAUAAGUUCAGUAAAAUUUUAUCUUGGGCUGUUAGGAGUGGUCUGUUUGCUACAUUGUGUGAAUUACCAACCACCAUGUAAAAAAUAAGUACUAUACUGAUGAAAUAUAUUUACCAUUAAAACCACAUUGAGCAUUUUAAAACUUGUGAUAGAAUAUAUACUCUAGAAUUUGCAUCAGCAUGUGCAUUAUGAAAAUGUAUAAAAGGCUAUAAAAUUCUAUUUUAAAAAUCUAUAAACAUUCUCUGAGAAGUCUAUAAAAAUUCAUAUUUGGCAUGCCCAGUUGUUUAGAUUCUAGGUAAAUGAGAACUUAUAUUAAAUAAGAGUAAAAAAACUGAUGGAAGUUCUUAUCAAAAGAUUGUUUUCUCU